AUGUUUGUGGAUGAGCGGAUAGUAACUCUAUUUAAAAGGAAUGCUCACCACACCUUGACCUACUGGAGCGUUUUCUUCAGUUUUGGACUGUGCAUUGCCUUUCUUGGACCUACUAUUCUGGACUUGCAAUGUCAAACCAACUCCACACUGAGUCAGAUUACCUGGGUUUUCUUCUCCCAACAGUUUUGCUUGUUGAUCGGUAGCUCGGUCGGCGGAAUUUUCAAGAGGACGUUGUUCACUGCUCUGGCAGCUUUAUUUGUCUCCGCUCUCAUCAUCUCUGUGAUAUUUGCCAUCAUCCCUUUGUGCAAUAAUGUCCUGGUGCUGGCCAUUGCCAUGGCUGUAUCUGGUUUGGCCAUGGGAAUUAUUGACACCAUUGCAAACAUUCAGCUGGUCACCAUCUAUCAGAAGGACUCAGCUGUUUUCUUGCAGGCUCUUCAUUUUUUCAUUGGCUUCGGAGCCCUGGUGAGCCCUCUGAUUGCAGAUCCCUUCCUCUCAGAGCACGGCUGUGGGAAUCACACUGGGAACGAGACAGAGAUCAUGCAUCACUUUAGGAACAUGCUGAGAAACAGUCCCAUUGCAGAGCACAACAUCACUCAGAGCCACUUGCCCCACGGGGGAGGAGAAGAAGAGUCCAGUGUACACUAUGCCUUCUGGAUCAUGGCACUUAUCAAUCUCCCUGUGCCCAUCGCUGUCCUCUUCCUGAUGUAUCGGGAGCAGCUGAUCCCGUGCUGCCCCAGCGGCACGCCUCGUCUCCUGGACAAAGAUGAACUGGCCAUGGAAAACCAGCAGGGAGCUGAGGGCACAGAAGUGGAGCAGGUAGCGCAUGAAGGUGGAGGUCAUGGGGAUAUCUUUAGCUGCUGUCAGAAUGAUAACCUGCGUGGGCUGCCUGUAUCCUUCUUCAUGAUCCACAUCCUUGGUGGUAUGGUGCUCUUCAUGACGGAUGGCAUUGUGGGUGCAUAUGCUGGUUUUGUGUACACGUAUGCUGUUGCAUCGCCUAUGUCUCUGCCCCAUAAGACAGCAGGCUACCUGGCUAGCAUUUUUUGGGCAGCAAUCACAGCAGGGCGACUGCUGUCCAUCCCCCUGUCGUAUCGUUUCCAAGUUGUGAGACUGCUUUUGUUCAACCUGGCAGGUGCUAUUGUCACUGUGCUGCUGCUGCUUAUCUUCUACACCAGCAGCACAUUUCUGUUUGUUGGUACCUGUUUGUGCGGGCUCUUCCUGAGCAGCAUCUUCCCGUGCAUGCUUGCCUACACUGAAGACAUCCUUGAUUACCAGGGAUGUGCCACCUCAGUCCUGGUGACAAGUGCAGGAAUGGGAGAAAUGGUAAUGCAGGUUCUGGUUGGCUCAAUUAUCCAAACUGAGGGCAGCUACAGCUUCCUUCUGUGUGGAGUGAUUAUUGCAUGCUUGGGUUUCGUACUUUUCAUCGGUCUGCUAUUCUUCCAUCGGAUGCACAGAAACUACCUCACAGGAACGACAAAAAAGUCAGCCAUGGUGGAGGAGGAACCGCCUGAACAAAAUGGAUCAGCCAAAGUUGAGCCCAAAGAAGAGGCAGAGAAGAGCUGA